UUGCGCGCAACAAAAGUUUUUCAAAAAUGUGGUGUUCCAAUAAAAAUGUUUAUUAUGAACAAUACGAAACUUAAAAUCGUUUUUUUUAAUAUCAAACGUUUUCUUUAAUGUUCAUUUCAUGUUUUAAAAUAAAAAUUAAACCUUGAAAUCAAAGGGAUUGCAUUAAAAAUUAAUACAAAACUUUGCAAUCUACCGCCCAGUUGCGUGUGUCAAAUUUACCAGAAACUAGAAGUGUUUAUUUUUCUUCGCUCAUAACGGCGUUUGUCAUGGCGGCGUCAUAAAUCGAAGAAUUCUUUUAAAUUCUUCAUAUGAUAAAGUUUUGCUUUUAAAAAAUGUCAUAGUUUAUUGAAAUCAAUCUAAAAACAUCAAUAAUUCGUAAUGUCAAGCUCGGUAUUUGUUGAAACACCGCGUUCUGCCAGCGGAGGUGACUCUUCGUCGCUAAAUGGUGGUGAUUCUGCUCUAUUAAACAAUGCUGAUUCCAAUCUUGUAGUUGUGUAUGGUAAAAAUGGAAUUAAUGUCGAUCGUCAGGGAUUGAAAAACUUAAUUGACGAAAAAACUUUAACUUCAAUUAGUGUUAUUCGGAUAACAUCGCCUACACCAAGUAUGGAAGAUGAAGAAGCUGAAGAAAUUCGCAAGGAAGCCGAACAACAGGCACUAAAAGAUGAAGAGAGCCAUUCUUCGGCCGAGGAUGAGGACGAUGAAGAGAAUAGUGAUAGCGAAAUUGAGGACAGAACUCCCAAACAAACCAGGAUGCCUGCAAAGACUCGCCCGGAGAUUUUAGGCCUCACGGUUGAAGAGUUCUAUCCACCUAAUGAGGCUAGGGAAUUGGCAAAGGAAAUUUUAAAAUACGCUGGUGUGACACCACUUAAGUGCAAUGUUGACUAUGAAUUCCAACGCUACAUCAUUAAGAAUGACCAUUGCUAUACACCGUUCACAUCUCCAUCACAAGUUAAUGAACCCAAAUUAACAACUGAAGAUGAAACCAAACAACCAAAUACAAAUAUUCGAAAAUUACCAAUUACAUCUAAAACAACUGUUAAACAAUAUCUUAACAAACGCAAACAACAUAUUGACGACCAACAUCAACGUAAAACCGCUGAUAAAGAUAAAGAAAAAGACAAAUCUGUUGCAUCCGAUCAAGAUGAUUCACUUGCAGACGAAAGUAAAAUAGCUGAAGAAGAUCGAGAUGACGAAGAAGGAGAUGAAGAAUUCGAUGAUGAUGGUAGUGAAUAUACAGCAGAAAGUGAGGAAAGUGCUGAGAGCGAUAAUGAUCGAGAUAGUGAUUCAGAUUUCGAUGUCAACAAUCGGCAUGGUAAGAAAAAGAAGAACUUUGUGGCAAGGCGCAAGAAAAAGGAAAAACAACGUGCUGCUCGUAGUUUGGUAAUGCAAAAGACGGCCAAUAAUAAACGACGUCUACAUAGCCAAGAUCACACCACUUCGUUUGAAGAGGAAUUAAAAAAUCCUCUAACUCCGAUGAAAGUUUAUAAACAGCCUCAAGAUGUCCGAAAGUCGGAAAGUUCUAUUAAUCCAGUGAAAACAAUAGCCAAGAAGCAAGUUCCAGAGGACGUUGAUGCUACAAUAACUCCUUCAAGUGUUUUACCAACUCCUCGAGUUGAGUCUGUGCCACAGCCACCAAGACAGCUGAUUAACAUUCAGUCGGUGCAGAUAGUUAAGCCGGCAAAUAAGGUCAGUGUAAAUUCGUCACCCGCACAAGUGAGAACAUAUCAAAUGAAAUCGAAUGCUCAGCCAGCUACGCCGCCACUAGUAGCAGCUUCUCCACAAGCUGUUAAACAAAUUGUGAUCAAUAAAGUAAUAGCAAGCCCUAAGGGAGGAUUCACAGAUUUGAAUACUUUACUUUCGAGAUCGGACAAUACCCAAUCGAAUGUUAGAGUUGCAGAAAUAAAUCCAGACAAGCAGCAUACUCCCUUCUCUUCUUCUCCAGCCAAAGGCUUCAUGCCGCUUGGUAUUGAGACGGCAGCAAAGAAUCAAUUACCAGCCCAGAUCUCCAUUCAAACGCAUCAGAGCUCUUCUGAGAUAGCUGCGGAAAAUGACAAACAACUGGAUUUGAUUGAUUCAAUUGUAAAGAAUGAACUAGAUAGAUCUUUUAAAACUGUUGCCGAAAACUCAACGAUUAAGGAAAAUAGUAUACCCGAUUUGGUUAAGAUGUUGGAGAGCACGGAAAAGGCUGUUUUGGAAAAAAACAAAAUAUCAUCAUCGUUUACAUCGUCUUCGGUGGAAGCAAUUGACAUUGCAAAUGCACCACUUCUGGAAGCGAAUGAUGAUGAUAUCCCUGAAGAUUUGUUACAGCAUGUUGUGGAGUUGAUGGAAGACAAAAGCUUACAGGAGGCUGUUGAAAAGGAAGUUCUUCAGCAGCAGGAAAAACAACAACUCGAAAAAGAGGAGUUUGAAAAACAACAACAGCUCCAUCUAAAGCAGCAACAAAUGAAGCCUCUAACCUUGCCCCAAUCACAAAACCCCUCAACAAUUUUGCCACAGCCGAUUCGUCCACAAUCUCAAAUUGUGGUGGCGACUCCUGUGAAGCAGCCUAAAAGUAUCAUCGAAGCAAGUAUUUCCAACACAACUACGCCCAGUUCAUCACGUGAUACAACUCCCACACCCACUCUGAAUAGAUCUACGAAUGCCACAUACUUGCGCCGCGAACCUAUUCAAAUCGUGCGUGGCAAUGGCCGUGUCAUAACUUUGCCACCAAUUGAGGCACCUACAACCCGUGCAAAGCGACGUGCACAAGCUCAACCAGUAUCGGACACAUCCUUCAAUGAGAGCGAAAGUUGUGAUGUUUCUAUGAAUUCGGACACGUCCUUAUUUGCAGAUUCUCAUGGCCCAGAAAGAAUUGAUCCUGUGCUCACUCAAACUCCACAACCACAAAAAGAAAAACCAGCUAAGGCAACGGGCAAGAAAAAAGCUGUUGCCAAGUCAAUGAAAUCGGUUCCAACAAAGGUCAACAAAGAGGAAGGAGAAAACCAAGAGGAUGAAGAUGACCCGAACAAAUUAUGGUGCAUAUGUCGACAGCCGCACAACAAUCGCUUCAUGAUCUGUUGCGAUGUUUGUGAAGAUUGGUUCCAUGGCACUUGUGUUAGUAUCACAAAAGCCAUGGGACUUGAAAUGGAACAAAAUGGCGUCGAAUGGACAUGUCCAAAGUGUGUCAAGAAGCAAGAAUCAAAAAAGCAACGCAAAAUAACCGAACUUUUUGAAAAUAAAAAAACAGUCGUUCAAUUUAUGCCCCAACUAGAUGCUGAAAAGAAACCUUCAACAACAGUUCAAAGCAAAAUUACGGAUGCGUUUAAUAAAAAAACAGUAGUUCAGCAAAUGCCCAAGUUCGAUGAACAAACCAAAACACCUCGCUCUUCGUUAAAUACAAGCAACAUUUCUCUGCAAGAAGUUGUCGUUGGGGAAAACAAACAAACUUUCGAUUUGAAAAAAGGACAAAAUUUAAAUCAAAAUAAUAGUAUUACUCUGCAAGAAGUUCCCGGUGAAAAUAAACACAUAAUUGAUUUGAAAAAAUUACAACCGGGACAAUUCUACACACUGACCAGAACUCCUACGACGAAGAAAAUUCAAGCUGUGAAAACACCUGAACUAGUACAAAAUAAAUCUCAAGAAGCUACAUUGAAAAAGUCCUCUACUCCCGAAGGUAAUAGUUUGGCUACUAAACGAGUUAUUGUUUUACCUUCGACACCAAAGCCUGGCAGUAGAGGCGCUGCUAUGGUCAAAGCUAGUGCUAUGCAGCAGCAACAAUUGAAAUUUCCAAAAGUCCCCACUGCAGCUGAGAAAAAACAGUUUAGUUUAACUAAAGUACAACAACAACAUUUGAAUAGAAAUACUCCAACAUCUGCAGAGCCAUUAGAUUUACCAUCCAAUAAUAGUAGCUCUCAACAGAUCAACAAAUCUCCAGUGCAGAAACAACCACCAGCUGAAAUGUUAACUUGUAUAGUUUGUAAAAAGCAGGCACGAGCAAAUUCAAUUUAUUGCAGCGAUGAUUGCAUUAGGAAACAUGCACAGAAUGCUUUGAAUGCUGUUAAAGUGCCAGAACCAGUUACACCAACGGCUUCUCUCAAACUCGGUCCAGAUGAGAAGAAAAAGAAGAGUAAGGGAUUGUUUGAGGAUUUGCUUAGCAUGGCUGAUAGAAAGCCUAAGGUGGAAAGGGUUUGUGUUCUUGAACGUCGCACUGGAAAACUAUUGACCGGAAGUAAUGCGCCUACAACACUAAAUCUAAAAAAGUGGCUCCAAGAUAAUCCAACCUUCGAAGUAGUACAACCAGGAAGUGUGCAAGCUCUGGAAAUUGAGAAAUCCAAGCAGAAAGCCCGCCCUAUUGUUCAAUCACCAACAAACAUUAACACCUUUAUUCCGCUCAAAGCAGAUGGCCCUAUAGUUACAUCUGUCAUUACGUUAACACCUCCAGCAAUAUCUUCACCACAGCCAGUAUUUCCAAAGACUACGAAACAACAACAAGAUCUUAACAAAUCAAACACAAAACCAUCGAGUAGUCCAAGCGCACCACGAUCUACAACACCAAAACACUUAGUCAAGCAAUCACAACAACUUCAUAUAAAAAUCGACAAAUCAGAAAAAGAGAAAGAUAAAUCUUCAGUAUCGCCGUCGGCGGCGCAAACUCCUUCGUCGCAAAAAGUUCUCAAAAAACAAUUGUCUGCUGAUAAAGAAGCAACAACUUCACAAACGCCAGUUCGAGAAACCAGUGAACCAGUACGAGUGAAUGUUCGUCGUACACUCAAGGAACAACUCUUAAUUCGGAUAAAGGAAUUGAGUGACGAAAAGAAGCUUUCCGUCGAACAAGUCGAUGAAUUUGUCAAGGCCACUGAAUUAGAAAUGUAUCGGCUCUUCAAUAAAGACGUUGGUGCUAAGUAUAAGGCCAAGUAUCGAUCGUUGAUGUUUAACAUCAAAGAUCGUAAGAAUGAAACUCUUCUUUUGAAGAUUUGUGGUAAAUUGAUUGAACCACGACAAUUGGUACGAAUGUCACCCGAAGAAUUGGCUAGUCAGGAAUUGGCCCAGUGGCGUGAGAACGAAGCCAAGCAUCAGCUGGAAAUGAUUAAAAAGUCAGAAUUAGAUAUGCUUUCCUGUACGAAAACGUAUGUCUUAAAGACGCACAAAGGCGAGGAAGUUAUUGAAGGCAAACACGCCGAUCGAAUGGAUUUGGACAUCAGUAUACCUGUUGAAGAUGUUGUUGCAGUGUUGAACAACUCAACCGUUAGUAGUACAACUGAGGUUGAUGCUUCUGCUUUGACUCCUCGCAAAGAUAGCUCAUAUGAGUUAGAUUACAGCGCACUAGAAGGAACUUCCAAUUUAGUAACACCCAUCAGUUCAGUGACUCCUGUUAGUUCAGGGAACCCCAUUAGUUCAGUAGCCACUACGAGUUCAGAUAAAAAGAAAGUGAUAAACAAGGAAAGGGAGAGGGACAGGGAGAAACGUCACAAGAGCAAAGAUCGUCACAAAGAGAAAAAUCGAAAGCGAAGUCGCAGUCGCAGUCGAGAGCGUCAUCACAAGAGUAGUUCGCGUAAAGACGAACGUCGAGAAAAAGAGGAACGUGCAGUAGCAAGAAAAGAAGAACUUGAAUCCACGGUCAAAACUGCCAAAGCUGUGGCUGGACCGAUAAAACAAACAGUACCACAGCCGCAGGCAUUAUCGGCUAAGGCUGCAGCUCCUGCCAAACUUACAACAAAGAAAAAUGUGAAAAAUGCUCCGCCAUCGAUUGAGACAUUUAAUCUUAUCGACCAAAUUCUUGAAUCAACCAAAACUGUUGAACAGGCGGCAAAUCUUCAGAAAGAAAAACCAAUGCCAUCUCCGGCAUCUUUAACGCCAGCUCAAACAACAACUGCACCAGCAGUUCCUGCUGAUUCUACGCCUGAAGCGACAUUAAAGCUGAAGCCGCAAAGUCCCUCAGCACCGGACAGCGAUCAGGAGCCAUCCAGCACGGUCUCGAUAUCGACACCUCCUGAAGAUCUCUACUACAAGUAUUCAUCCGAUAUAGAGGCAUCGAUGUGGACUGGCUCUAUUAAUAUGAUCGAUGUGGCAUCAUUCCAAGUUAGCCUACAAACAGUCAGUGGAAAUACAUAUCUCCUAAGCAAGGAUCUACCCGAUGAACUGGAUAUUGUAGGUCGAAUCAGUCCAGACACUGUAUGGGAUUACAUUGGCAAGAUCAAACGUAGUCCGAAUAAGGAAGUUGUUAUUAUACGUUUGGUGCCUUCUGGUGAGUCUGAGACUAAUGCUUAUACAAUUUUGUAUAAGUAUUUAGAUAAGCGGAAGCGUUUGGGUGUCAUCAAAACCACUUCGUCCAACAUAAAAGAUUUCUACAUAAUGCCAUUAGGCGUUGGACAACAGAUGCCUUCUGUUCUUCAACCGAGUGAGAACUUUGAGUUUUACGAUGAUGUUAUGAGGCCUGAUAUGCUUUUGGGCAUAGUUAUACGGAUAAUGGGUAAACGGCACUCUAAUGCUUCUAUGAGGCGUAAAAAAGAAUCAACUGUGAUAUCAAACCGAAAUGUUACAUCUGUAUUGGAUGCAGAUGGCACUGCUACUUUUACACCUCCAGGUAGUCCGAAAUCUAAGAAUACCGACGCUAAUCGUUCAACUGGAAGUAGCCGGGGUAUUCGAUUGCCACUGAAAUCUAUGGACGAUGAGGACAUCGACAUCGAUGCUAUCAUUAAAGCACCCAUUACAUCAAAAAAGAAUUCACAGAAUCAAUCAACAUCAUCUGUUACAACUAAAAAAGACGAUGCAGAUGAACCUUAUUCGCCUGGAGGCGGUAGUUCUGAUGAUGAAGUACCGAGCUCUGCAAUGCCUGUGAGAGAUGAUGAUCUUAAGCGUAAAAUGGAUGAAAUCAAUCGUCAAAUUGAAGCCCAAAAGAUGGAGAUUGCAGGAUUGCUUAGCCACGAUCAAACGUCCUCAUUGGCAAACAUCUCUAUACCGUCAAAUUUACAACAGAUAUUGGCGAGCAUUCAAAGUAAACCAGAACCUCCCUCCAUGCCAUCUACUUCUGGACAUCCACCUUCGAUGGUUCCUCCUCCUCCAAUGAUCGGAUCACUAUCGCAUCACAACAUCGGUCUUAAUCAUGACGAGGAGUACGUGCCAGCGCCGCCGCCUCCAGAUGUAAAACCCAGUCGCCUUGCACAACUAAGUGAAGCUGAGCUUCUUAGUAUGGUUCCGGAUAAUAUUGACAUAGAAAGUAGUAAUACUUCAUCGCAUCUUAAUUCGCCUGGAAUAGAGCCACCACCAGAAAAAAGACCGAGAUGGUCCGAGCCUCCACCACCGGGAAUGGAAAGUGAAUACCAUUAAAGCAUAACUUGAAUUAAAGAUUAACUUUAAUUCUUUUCAUUUUUCCCUCAUUUUCAUAAAUACACGUUUUGUGUUCUUCUCGUUAUUUGUUUUAAACCUUUUCAAAGUAGUGAACUCAUAAAAUCUCAUUUAUAAUACACACCCAUUACUAUCUUUAUCUUUCCACCUGCCCAUUUUCGUGCAGACGUGUUGAUUUUCCAGAGAUAACUGUAUAUUACUUUCUAUUUUCUCUUUAAUUAGCACUUAAUUAGAUGUAAGUAAAGUAGUUUAAACAGCAAACAAAUAAAAAAAAACAAGGAAUAACCAAUCCAAGCCAUAGGCUUGGUAUAAAAUAUUAAAUAUUUUUUAAAUAAAUAAUAGCACUAACAAAUUAAAUAUAUUAAAAAUCACAAAAACAAAGAAGAUACUAAAAUUGAAUUGAUUUUGUUUUCAUGUAUUUGCAAAAAUAAAAAUAUUUUAAUUGAACUAUUAUUUCAUAUAUUGAUAAGAAAUUAUUAUUAUUACCACUUGUAAAAAGAUUAAAAUUAAAAACUCAUACUAUUGACUAAUAUAUAAGUUGUAACACGUAAAAACCGCUAGCAUAAAAAUUAAUUAUAAAUAAAAAGAUUUGUAUUUAAAGUUUUCGACAGAAAUAAAACGAAAAUACUCAAAUUCGAACAACAAAUUUCAAAGUACAUAGAAUUAAAAAUGAUGAUUGAAAUUUAAAAAUAAAGACAAGAACAUCUGUUAUUUGAGUUUAUCAAUGUUAUAAAUAAUAUAUUAUGUAAAUGUUAUUAUUAUUUCUCUCUCAAAAAAAAAACGAUGGUUCGGGUAUUUUUGUUUCAAAAAAGACUAAUUAUAAAAGAAAUAUAUUGUUUUCGAUUUGUCGGAAAGUAAAAAUUGCAAAAUAAAGUUAAAAAUAUGUGUAAA